AUGUCUUCUGAGCUAGGACUCGCGCGUUACUUUAACGGGCUGGCCGCAGGGGAUGAGAUGGCUGAGCUGAUCCGAGGCCUGCACUCCUCGAUCUGGCGGUGCUACCAAGACUGCCUACAACGCCCCGUAGCUGUACAGGUGCCGGCUUCAUCGGUGUCGGCGAAUGGAGCUGGGGGCGGCGUGGGGGCGUUUGCCAAUGAAUCCGCCGAGCAUUCGUCGCGCAGCGAUGACGUGCCAUUAAGGGGGUCAUCUUUAGGGAAUGCUGGCACUCGAUUUACGAGCCCCGCAAACCAAAGCGACGGCGCGGAGGCGGUCCUGCCGAUUGCCGCUCCUGCAAAGCCCACCCCAAUUCCACGAGGUAGGCUGAAGGCGGCGUUGCGUCGGCAGUACUGGGCGGCCAUCAAGGCCGCCAUGCUCUUCGCAGUCGAGAGUCCCUCCGUAGCUGAGGAGGCGACCGCGCUUCACUGCUCCAAUAUCGCACGCUCUCUCCUGUACAAUUACUACUACCCUAGUGACAAUAGAGACAUUGCAAGCAGCUCACCACAUGUGCGCGCGACGCUUGGAAUCGCACCGGUCAUCUCAACCCUGCAGCAGGGAGAGGUGCGGUGGGUGUUGAGUGAUACGCGCAUCGUUGAGCUCGCCAGGAAGGAGCUGAAGGCGAAUCGAGUCGACGGCGCUGUCUGCGGGUGGCAACGCGCCCUUGCGCUGCUGCGCCAGGUUGACCCUACCCCACUCACCUCGGCUGUGGAGCUGGAGCUCUACCGUCGCACCGACGGCCACCACUGGGCCGAGGCGCUGGGCUGCCUCUGGCGCAUCAAGCCCGCUCAUUGGACGGAGAUGGACGUGGCGGCCGCAGUACGGUGUCUCUACUCUGCUGGCCGCCGUCGCCAUCAGGAGAGCAGCGUUUCUAUGAGCCCCGAUGGGGCCGAAGGGGCUACAAUAGAGGGUGGUGAGAGCACCUCGCCUGCCUCCAACACCGUCUUUGUGGCACGACUGACGGCGCAGGCCCUGCGCAUCCACCAUGCUGUGGAGACGGCAGGGGUGCUGCGAUGGAGCACCUCAUCUACCUUUAACGAUACACUGGGCCUUAUCGCAUUCGGCACGGCGGGGUGGCAAGAUGCAUGUGUGCUACUCGAUAAGCUGCUUGCCAGCGUGGCUGCUGGAGCACGUUCUCGAGACGCAGACCUGAAGCGGAAUGCCGCGAGAGGAGUCGUAGGCACGGGUCGGGGCGAGAAGGCGGUGCGCAGUGAGCAGCACCGCACAGGUGGCGAAGCUGCUGCUGACGAUGAGUCGUUUCUGGCGCCAACUUCCGACGAAAGCAAGUUUAUGUCUCAAGGUGAAGAUACAUCGGUGACAGCUUACUCACAGCAGCGUGCACCGUCCCCUGUGUCGCUCUACCACUUUGCACGAGCCAAUGCGGUGACAGUGCAUCAGACAUGUCGAGUGUUUCGGUCCCGCUGGGAUGUGGGGCUGCGCUACGUGCAGCUCCUCCAAGAAGCCUUUGCCGACACUCUCAAUCUUUCAUCCGACACCGCGGCAACGGAAGAUGUGCUCCGAUUGUGCAUUGCAGGUCAGCAAUGGGAGGCCGCGCUGCGGCUCGUGACAGCUCAUAAAGCAGCGAUGGCCGAUGGCGCCGAAGGAGAGCGCUUGCCUGCAGUCGUGCAGGAUGGCAGCAGCAUCGCUGCAGCCUUGAAGGGUCACGCGGCUGCUGUGGCUGCGGCGCCGAAAAGAGCAACACUGUCUCAACACCGUCGGCACUACCGUCCAGAUGUCUUUGUACAGCUGGUGAGCCUGCUCGGGUCUGUGCAGGCGUCCCGCUGGGCUGCGUAUGACCUGAUUCAUCGUUACGCGGCAUCCGGUGCCGCUCUGUCGACAGCUGCUGUCAACCUCGACAGGCGCAACAGCACCACGGUGGGGUUAAGACUAUCAAAGCAUUACAACACAAACACCCUCUCACGCGCGUACAACUGCCUCGUACAGAAUGCGGACACCCUCGAUGCAGCCCAGCAGGUGCUUGAGCAGGUCCGGUGUUUUCAAUCGCCGGCGCGGGAAGGGAGUAGCGUGGUCACUCAAGACAAGAAAAGCUGCCCAGGGGGCAAUGCAGAUCGGCAGCUUCGCGAUCUGGAUGCUGAGCUGGUUGGACUAGAGACUGAAUCGGUGGCACACAUCACCUACUUAUCAGCCGUCGCGGGCGAUUGGUGCCGCGCACUACACCACGCGAACGCACUCCUCCACGAGCCGCGCUAUCGCGCCACCUUCUUUCCGACAGCUCGCCUGCAUGAUGCCGUGCAGUACGCCCUCGAGCAGGCGUCCUCUCCCGGACCCUCGUGGCAGGUAUCUCUACAGCUCUUCACAGAAAUGAUGGAGCGCAAUGUCCCAAUCUCUGAGGUCUCUUUUCAGUCCGCGGUGAAGCGCUGCUUUUCUGGCAGGGUGCCCGAUCAGGCGCAGAAGCUCUUUUACUUUGUCUUACGCAAAGGUGUGCGACCGUAA